CGGCACGGCCUCCCUCACCGUGCUCUACGCCGCCUUCAUCUUCUCGUGCUGCUUCCUCCCCUCGUGGAUGAUCAGGCGGCUGCACGAGAAGUACACGAUGGCGGCCUGCAUGCUGUGCUACUCGACCUACAUGGCGGCGCAGUUCUACCCCGAGAUCUACACGCUGGUGCCCACGGCGGUGGUGGUCGGGCUCGGCGCCGCGCCCAUGUGGUCCGCCAAGUGCACCUACCUCACCAAGAGCGGGAAGAGGCUGGCAGAGCUCGAGGGCGUCGGGAGCGAAGUGGUCAUCACGAGAUUCUUCGGCAUCUUCUUCAUGUUCUUCCAGUCGACGCAGGUGUGGGGGAACGUCAUCUCGUCUACAGUCCUAUCAGUAGGCGUGGAAAAGAUCGACAAGACAGCCGAGGAGCUGCUCACCUGCGGCUACAACUUCUGCCUCGACCAGAAGAACGAGGAGUCCCCCGGCAACGCCACCAACAGCACGAGCAGUCGCCAAGAUGGUCCUCCUCCGUGGCAGAUCUACACCAUGGCCUCCAUUUACCUCGGCUGCUCGCUCUUCGCCGCCGCCAUCACCGUUUUCUUCGUGGAUCCGCUGAGUCGAUUUGUGAAGGAAACCCCAAAUAGCCAAGAAAAGAGCGGCCUCGUGCUCGUUGCCGCCACUUUCAACCAGCUGCGCCACCCAUACCAGUUGCUAAUCGUUCCCCUGACAAUAUGGUCGGGCGUGGAGCAGGCUUUCCUCGGAGCAGAUUACACGGCGGCUUACGUAUCCUGUGGUCUGGGCGUACACAUGGUCGGUUACAUCAUCAUUUGCUACGGUGUGUGUGACGCCAUCUGCUCCGUUGGAUUCAGCCCCAUCGUCCGAAAGUACGGCCGUGUCCCCGUCUUCAGCCUCGGUUUCCUCAUUAACUUGGGGUUGAACAUCACUCUUACGUACUGGACGCCGAAACCCGAUGAUUUGGUGAUGUUCUUCGUCAUCUCUGGCCUCUGGGGAGUCGCUGACGCAGUAUGGCAGACGCAGAUCAACACUCUCUACGGCGUGAUCUUCCCGGGCCAGUCCGAAGCCGCCUUCAGCAACUACCGCUUGUGGGAGGCGACUGGCUUCAUCAUCGCUUACGCCUGCAGCACCGUCCUCUGCGUGAGCUCGAAGGUCGUGGUCCUCAACGUGUUCCUCCUGCUGGGGAUCGCUGGCUACUACGUCAUCGAGAUCCUGGAGAAGCGGGGAGGCCUCGAGAAGGACAAGGAGGGGAAGGUCGUGGUUCUCGAUCGGUUGUUCCUUCGGCUGUUAGAGAAAGGGAGAACUGGGGUGUAGGGCUGGGCUUGAUUUGUUGUUGUUAUUAUUGUCAUUAUUG